AGUGACGGACGAAGACACCGCUUGUUAUGUAUCCCUGGGUACAGGCUCAGGCGACUUGGAACCACCAUCUUUUCUUCUCGUAAUGAUAUAUAUACCCUCGACGCUUGCUCCCAAAUUUCUCCUCUUCCGUUCUUAAGCCUAUCCGUAGAGCUUCUACCGAACACGCGACACCGAGCUCGACCACCAAGCUUAUCCGGGUUGUCAUAAAAACCAAGCAUUCCAUAUUUAUACGAUUCGCAUAUAGUAGCCAUCACCCUUAACAUGGAUCCCUUAAGGCCGGGUGAAAACCAGCAGCAGCAGGGGACUUCUUCCACUGCACGCAGAAGAAGCUCGAGUGGCCUUUUCCAAGGCCUCAAGGACGCAAGGCGCUAUCCCGCCCCUUCCACUCGCCGCCAGAGCUUCAACGAUCAAAAGCCUGAACCUGGAAUUUUCGGUCGGCUUUGGCGCAGUUUCACGGAGGGACCUCCGAGCCCUCCCAAGUGAAGACGGGAAUCUAGAAACCAUUCGCCUUGUCGGACAGGGUUGACUGGGAAUACGGGCUUGGUGGUUGGUCAUACGUCGCGAUUGAAGGAAACGCGACGUGAAAAUGUGAGAUGAUACGGUCAUUUUGGGUGUAUAAUGUUGCGACGGCAGAAGCAUUACAUUACGGUGUACGAUACAGCGGGAAUGGCAAGUUUGCUCACUUCGUACUCGACUCUCCCAUCUGCCCAGUGCCAUCUAUUCAUCCACUCACCCAGCCUGCGUGAUAUUUAUGGGAGUUGGCAUUCGGAAAACCCCUAAGAAUAACAGCGCAUAUUCGAAUAUUGAUCUUACUUCUUAAGACCAUUGCGUGUCGUAGUCUCAUCUCGUCGUAGGUUUUGUCAUAGCUGUCGUAUCUCCCCUCAGCCAUCAGUUCUAAUAUCUAGCGACAAAGUUCGCAGAAGAUAGAUGGACUGGGAAAUCCCUUGCCGAACGGAAUCCCCCC